AUGUUUGCGGAUCAUGCGGAGCUGUUGGUUGUCCUGGAAGGCAUUCGCUAUGUUCAGCGUAUGAGCUGGAGGAUUUUAGUGGUGAAAAUUGACUCUCUAAAUGUUAUCUUCUUGGUGGACUAUCCUUCUCCUUUUGCUUCAUUGGCUCCUAUUGCAGAUGAAGUUCGCGCUGGUCUGACUAUUACUGUUUGCUCUAAAGUUUCUUAUGUAAAGCGCACUGGUGAUAGAGCGAUAUAUCAGCCAAUAUUUCAUAUAUUGCUUAUAAGAGCAAUAUUUACAGACUGGUCCAAUUGGGGGUGGGGGGAGCUCGAAGCAUACGAAAUAAUUGCACCGUUAAACCGUUCGUAUAGUAGCCCACCCCAACCCGACCCGGCCCAAUCAAACGAGCUCGCUUCCAUCACUCAUCUCCCCUCUUCUCCCUUCACUCCUCUCUCCAAAAACCCUAACCCUAGACUCAACCUCCACCCCCUCUCCAGGGAGCGCCGUCGCAGUCUCCGCAUCUCGUCGUCCAUUCCCGAUGCGAACGAGGGGGCGAAGGUGGAGUACACUCCGUGGCUCAUCGUCGGCCUCGGCAACCCAGGGAGCAAGUACCACGGAACAAGACACAAUGUUGGGUUUGAGAUGGUGGAUAGGAUUUCACAAGAUGAGAAGAUCCCACUGAAUACGAUCCAAUCCAAGGCUUUGAUAGGAGUUGGUGCAAUUGGGCAAGUUCCGAUUUUGCUGGUGAAGCCGCAGGCUUACAUGAACUUCAGUGGCGAGUCGGUUGGGCCACUUGCUGCAUAUUACCAGGUUCCCUUGCGACAUGUCCUACUGAUCUAUGAUGAAAUGAGCUUACCAAAUGGUGUCAUGAGGCUUCAACCAAAGGGAGGCCAUGGGCAUCAUAAUGGAGUGAAAAGCGUCAUGGAACACUUGGAUGGUUGUCGUGACUUUCCGAGGCUAUGCAUAGGCAUUGGGAACCCACCUGGGUCUAUGGACAUGAGAGCUUAUUUGCUACAGAAAUUUAGUUCCGAGGAACGCACACAGGUGGACUCUGCUUUGGAGCAAGGGAUGGAGGCUGUGAGGACUCUCGUACUCAGAGGUUUCAACGGAAGCAUCAAUCGGUUCAAUCUGACACAGAAGUACAAGUAUCACAAAGUUUAGUGCGGUUCAGUUACGUCCAUAAUUCUUCUGAAGAGUAGAUCUACCAUUUGUAUACUUGCAUAUACAAACACUAGGUCCAGUGCUCCUGCAAAUUUGGUUGCAUAGUGUGUGUAUCAUAUAUUCAAUUUUUCCUCGUUUAGUGAAAGAGCAGAUCAUGUAUUCAUAGCAAUUUCAUAUAUUUUAACUGUUUUGUAAUAUUCUGAGGAUCUAAAGGUCUUGAGAUGCAUGAAAAUGAGUUUUGCUU